AUGGGUGACACCAGUAAGCCCUUAAGAUAUGUUGAUAUCGGGAUCAAUUUUAGCGAUCCUGUUUUCAGAGGAGAAUAUCACGGAAAGCAGGUUCACGAGAGCGACCUGGAUGACAUCAUCCAGCGUGCUCGCGAAGUAGGAUGCCAAAAGUUCAUGGUCACAGGUUCUGACUUGGAAGAGUCUCGGCGUGCUAUCGAGAUUGCCCAGAAAUAUCCGGGAUUUUGCUAUGCCACAGUUGGAGUUCAUCCCUGCCAAGCAAAGCUCUUCGAUGAAUUCCCUGGCGGCCCAUCGAAAUUGCUUGACGAGCUGAGGAUCCUAGCCUUAGAGUCAAAAAAGUCCGGAUACGCGGUUGCAUUUGGUGAAAUAGGUCUCGAUUAUGACCGGUUGUUUCUAAGCUCAAAAGAGCCCCAGCUAAAGUAUUUCGAGGCCCAGUUGGAUCUCGCGGUUGAGAUACAACUACCUCUCUUCCUCCACUCUCGAGCUGCUAGCGAGGACUUUGAGCGGUUGUUAGCACCUAGGCUCGAAAGGCUUCCCAAGAAAGGCCUCGUGCACAGCUUCACUGGGACUCUUGAAGAGAUGAAACGCAUGGUGGCCCUCGGCCUAGACAUCGGCGUAAACGGCUGUAGCUUAAAGACUGAGGAGAACCUAGAGGUAGUGAAGGUUAUACCUCUCGAACAACUUCAAAUAGAAACGGAUGGCCCUUGGUGCGAAAUUCGCCCUUCUCAUGCCUCUUCCAAAUACUUAGAAGGUGCACCAGCAUUACCAAAGGCUGUGAAAAAGGAGAAAUGGCAAAAAGGAUGUAUGGUGAAGGGUCGCAACGAGCCUGCGGCCAUUGCCCAUGUCGCCCAUGUUAUUGCCAAGAUCAAGGGAAUCACCGUUGAGGAAGUUUGCGAAGCUGCCUGGAAUAAUUCAGUUCGGAUGUUUGGACUAGGGGAAGAAGCCCCGUAG